CUCUUCUUUUAGACUGCCACGUCAUCUAAGCCUAUCUCAAAUAGUGACACCUCAGCAUAACUAAUUUCAUGUAAUUCAUUAUGUCUCAUCUCUUUCGAAUCAUUCAUUUGCUUAAAACAUAACACAUAACUCAUUUUACAUGUAAUUUAAGUGAAACCCAACUCCUCUUUCAAAUGGGCCCAAUUGGAGCCCACAAGAAAUCUUCUUCAAACGCCACUUCCACUCUCGGCAUCUCCGCUGCAGAUGUUGAGACAGCGCCACUUCCAACCUUAAUCAAACGCCAUUACAUUCAUCACCUCCAUUCCCACAUCUUCUCCGCCAUCAUAACCGCCGCCCUCGCCACACCGCCCCACACUUGAUUCAGCAAUGUCACCCCAAUUUUAACAGUUAUGCCGAUCCAUUUCCCCGUUCUCCAGCCUUUGCAUCUCUAACGUUUCAAAUCAUCCUUUACUCCAGGAAAUUAAAUCAGAACCAAUCAAAAAUGGAAACCUCCAAUGUUCACUUCUCCGCCUUGAAAGCUGGCCGCACUGUUCAGACUGUAGUUGGACGCCUACUACGCUUCUGGGAGGCCCGUAAUGUCAAGAAAGGUGGUGAGCUUAUGGGUGUUGAUAUGCGCCUCCUCGAUGAGAAGGCAACACUUAUGCAAGGGUCCAUAAGCGUCCAUCGUCUCAACACUUUCAAGCACCUCAUGCAUGAGGGAACUCUAUAUUCCAUUAGUAACUUUGACGUUACCUGUAGCAACCACCACUUCAAGCUAUGCGACUCCACCAUCUCUAUUCGCUUCACAGAUUUCACCAAGUUUGUUGAAAUUCCAGAAACGACCCAACAAAUUCCAAAAGAGUCGUUCAAGUUCCGCAACCAUGAAGAAUUGGUAGCCUUGGCAAACACUAACUCCGACCUACCAGACAUCAUAGGAGAAGUCACCAUGAUCAGAACAACUUUGAAUGAGCAAACCCAGAAAACUCAACGAAUAAUGGCUCAGAUUCGUCUUCCUAGCACUGACACUGUAUGCCUAAGUGUUUUUGAUGGGCUGGCCAACGAACUUCACCAGAAGCUGGAACUCACGGGGUUGGAACCUAGAGUCAUCCUCGCCACUAAUAUCAACCCUAAGUUUCUAAGCGGUCGGUUAUAUCUUAAUGCGACAUCAGGUUCCCAUUUCUACUUCGACAAUGAAAUGGACGCCACUGCAAGCUUCUGCAAAGAUUUGGGAACCAAAGAUGGAGGGCACUCCACAAAGGUAGCCACGUACAAGGGUGCGAAGAAGCUAGAAACCGUAACCCUGGCUGAGCUACAUGAUUACCUUCUCAGAUCUGCUCCUCAGGCCAUUGACUUCAUAUGCAAAAGCAGAGUCACAGACAUCCAAUCUAAAAAUGGAUGGUGUUACAUCUCUUGCUCAAAGAAGCUACAGCGAGGAAGCUCAUCAUUUACAUGCACCACCUGCCACGAUUCAAAAGCUGUUGGAGUCAUUAGGUACCGGGUGGAGUUGUCUAUUUCUGAUGGCACCGACAAAGCCGUCUUUGUAGCUUUCGAUACAGAUAUGACAAGACUGACAAAUACUCGAGCUGCAGAUGUGAGCAUAGCUGUGCAAGGAGGCAUACAAAAUGAACUCCCACAGGUCAUCAAAGGCAUAGUUGGCACAACUUUCACUUUUCAACUAAAGCUGACAGAGUACAAUUUCACAUCAAAGCAUCAGUCAUUCACCAUUUCCCGCAUUUUUGAAACCCCUGAUUGUCUUCCAACACCAACAUUUGACGGAGACGAUAUGCCUGGCGACAAUAUGCCUGGAAUAAUCUGCGGAUCUUCCAAAUACUCAACCGACCACAGUGAGAAAACAUUAUCCUCUGGAAACGAGUACCUAAACAGCAACACAAAUGAUCACUCAACUCUUGAAACGGAGGAAACGGAUGGCAUCACCAACACUAAUGAUGACCCAAGUGUUCCAACUGAGGAACAUACCGCCAAAAAGCCCCGCCAAACCUAGACUCAAAGUGGAUGCCAUGUCCACUCAAAUGAGCUUUCUUUUAUGUUUACCGUCGCAUCUGUUAUCUUUCCGAUAUUUUCUCUUUUUUUAAUUUCAAGAUUUUCAGACCUCACCUGGGUGAGCUAUAUAAUACCCAAAAUGCAGUUUUACAUUAUACGUCCACUUCUUUUUCAUUAUGUUAAAUACGAUGUUCCCCACUGAAUCUAUAACCCUAGAGAUAAUU